AUAUAUUCUUAUUAUCUGUGGCCAGAAUAUGUUUUUAUAGUAAAAAUUCUGCAAGUUUUGCUUUCAUCUCGUAUAUGGCAAGAAUGGUCAUUGGUCUAGAGUAGAAAGUCCCGGAUGCAACUUGCUCUUCUAUGUUUUCAAGGAAUUCUUCAUGGCGAUUUUAGAGAGCAUGAUCGACAUAAUAUUUUCCUGUAGAUAGCAUAUAAUAUAGCUUCAGUUAGGAUCGGAUAUUUAUCACACCGAGGACAACAUGGUUCGAAAAGAGGAUUUGUGUGACUGGUUUAAAAACCUUCAAGCCCCAAAGAGACUUGAUUACAUGUGCGGGUUGUUGCAUAUGUGCCUCCCUUUGGAACUACGGUUUGUUGGUUCGGUGUUGGAAGACUUGGCCAAGAAAGACUUUCAUUUCCUAAGGGAUAAGGAGAUAAAAGCCAACAGUCCCCAAGACCUUUCCAGCAAUGAGUCAAGCAGUCUUGCAGACUCCAAUCUACGUGGCAAAUUUCUCAUUGCCCUUGCUCUGAUGAAUUCUGCAAAUGUACAGUGCGCAGACAUUAUUUACUCAAUCCUGAAGACAGCAGAAAGUCAUUUUGAAAGUCUUGCUGGAUCCAUACUACUGGACAAAAAAGCUGCAGAGGAAAUUGAGUUAAUUUUGACCAUGGCAGUUCACCACCCAGCAUUUAAAAUGAGACAAAAGUUAUAUCUUGGCGAUAUACAGAAAUUGGUCCAGAGACGGAUCUAUGAACUUCAUGGGAGUCACGAGGAGAGAGAGUUGCUGUUACCACCUCAUGGAUCACUUCCAGGUCAUGUUCCUGUUUAUCCCAGUCAAACCUCUCCAGUCCCGCAACAGUCAGAAAGAGUUCUGCUCAAGUCAUUGGAGAUCAAAGGAAUAAGAGAAGAACCCAAGAGCCGAAAAGACGGCCCGGAGUUUCAGAUUCAAACUGUGUGGUCAAAUGGGGAAAUCAUGGAAGUUUACAUGAAAUUUAAACAGUUACAAGACCUACAUCAAAAGUUGCUGUACAAGUUUCCAGAAGAAAAGAAGCAGCAUAAAUCCAUUCCUGUGUUCCCAGGGAAACAGUCGUUUCGCAAUGAGGCAGAUAAAGAAAAGAUCAACUCCCUCAACUCUUACUUUAGAGAGUUGGUGAAAGCUCCAAGUCAUAUCUUGAACUGUGAUGUCUUGCUUGAACCUCUGAGGCGGGGCAGUCUGGUCCAGCCAACUUCAAACCCCCCACAGUCAUGUAUUAUUAUGCCUAGGUCUUUCUAUGAAGAGAAUGGAUGGAUACCCCAGUACACUGUGCCACCGUAUGCCAGAUUACCUUUGUGUUCCAACCCCUCCUCCCCUGGUCAACUUACCAGCCCCUCCCAGGUGUCAUCUUGUGCUGAGUCCCCAGCCAACUCUCGAACAUCUUCCCCGGCGCUUGCUCCCCACCAUGCUAGUGGAGUUUGUCGCACCAAUCUGACAAGUCCAGGGGCUCGUGCAAAGGGUCCCCACAUCCCCCUGGCUGGUGGCUCCCCAAAUGUUGCAGAUUCUGAGCUUGGAUCAAAUGUAGAAUUGUCUCUGUCACAGUUGUUACGGCUGCUCGGUUUGGAAAAGUACUUUGACUGUCUGAGAAGCUAUUCUUUCAAGCAGAUCCUAUCCAUGAGUAAAGAUGAUUUUGCUGCAGCAGGUCUCCCAGCUGAUGCCCAAGACAAACUUCGCUCUAAGUUGGAUCAGUAUAAUCAAAGUCAACUCGAUAAUGGGCACAUUGAUACAACAAGUGGUUCGUCAUCAGCCGAGAUUUCCCCUUCCUUUCCAUAUUCUGUCGUGCCGAUACAUCGUAUGCCAUUCAUAGCCAGCCCUCAGUAUGGCCACACUUAUGUCCAGUUCGCCCAUAGUCAACAGCCCAGUCAAGCCAGCUUGUUAGCAUCACCUAACUCCCAUACAACUGGUGAAGAAAGCUCUUCUGCCAACUCUGAGGUGUCCAGUCCACCUGCUAGUCCCUCCCAGAUUAAUUUAGCAGCCCAGUCAGUGGACUUGCCACAGGUUCCACCCAUCAUGACUCUGGCGGCUGCUCAGGUGUCCCCUGGAAGUGAUGGUGCUCCCCUGGCCAUGAUGGCUCCCCCAGCAGCUGUAGCAGCAUCGUCCAUUUCUCCGUCAGAUGUGAAAUUGCUGAGGAGCAAGAACAGCAAUCCUCCGGACAGUUCUGGUUCAGAAGAGGACAUGGUGUCAGGCUAUGAUCAGAGUGACUCUUCAGUGGGUAGGAGUCGUGGGCUGGGAAGACCACAGCAGUCCUUUUCCCAAACAGGAAUGAGUGGAACUGGCAAUCCUUCACUAGUGGUGGAUGAAGGCAAAGUGGUAGUUUUGCCUAUCUCCAUGUCUGGACCCUCCUCUCACAUUCACUCUGCUCUUGUAAGUGUGGAAGCCAGCAACGAACAUACUCCGCCACCCAAUGUAGCAAUCCCUGUGGUAUGUGCUUCUUCCCAGAUCUCCACAUCUGCUGCAGCUGCUGCGGCCCUAGUAAACGGAUACAUGUCGGACCCCCCACCGCCACUUAUACCACAGGGCCCCGUCAUGCCCAGGUCCAUUCUCAAUGCACGUCCUUUUAAGAGUGCUCAGCCUACCCAUACUGCGCCUGGAAUGCACAAGAAUGUGGUCAAUAUGCCUAACUUUGAUCACAUGGGUCACUUACCCCAGGCUGUGGGAAAAGGGCCAGGAGUAUUGCCCUCUGGCAUGCACUCUAUCCCGCACCAUUCCUUCAUGGCUCCACCUGUGGUCUCCACAGCAACAUCAAACCAGGGCCUUGUUCUGGGCCCAGGGAGUCACCAGUCCAACAACAAUAAUGUGUUGCCACAACCACCUCCCCAACAUCCUCCUCACAUGUCAGGACUGGCCUCUGAAUGUGCUCCUGCCAGCAGCUUCCACAGCUACCCGUUGAUUAUGCGACCUCCAAACUUACCUGGCUCUCUGCCACCGCAAAGAAGCAUCCUCACCUCAGUAGCCAGUUCCUCCUCAGCCAUGACUUCCUCACAGUGUCACUCGGCUGGCCCGCCUUUAAGUCAUUCCCCCUCACCUGUAGCAGCAACCACCUCCAAUGACCAGGUGCCCACUUACCUCCAAGGCUCUGAUAUGUCGGACCCGCGCUGCAUGGACAGAGCCAGUACAGGGACACCUCCAAGCCAGACUCCUCCCCACCUAGUGAGCAAGCCCACAGUGACAGCAAGUACCAGUGGCACCAACACGCCUAGUCCCCCUCUCAACCAGCCUCUGGGGGCUGUAGUUCCCCCACAAAAGCAGCACUCAGCUAACUGCCUCAACUGUGACCCAGCAGUCUCAUCGGGGUCAGGAGGCCACCCUGUGUACUUCCACCACCAACUCGGACAUUACUGGUAUCAUGGCGUUAUGCCGGCACACAACCAUCCUAGCAACGGCCUGGUCACUGCAAUGCCACCUUUCUUCCCUCAACCCCAGGCGUCACAGCCUUUCCCCAAUGGUAUGAAUCCGGAACUGUACAUGGCUGCAGCAGCACGUUUCCCAGCUCAGCUGGCUCAGGGCCAGCUGCCACCCUUCCUGUAUGGUAACAGCUACCCUACUCACAAUCAGGUCAUGCCUCAGAGCAAUCUGCAGACUAAUGCGCCUCCUCCAGUCAAUGCAAGCUUAGGACAUGGCCCCCCUAACAAUGGAGCUACAAACAAGAUUGCCUGCUACAACUGUGGUAAUACAGGACACAAGGUAGCAGAGUGCAAGGAAAGCACAAUGGAGAAUAUGUCAAAGACGUAUCGCCUCAACUUCAAGCCGAAAUCAGACUCUGAAUGACCCAGGCUAGGCAAAGGUCAUGUGAUUGUUGAAGCUUAGCCAAAGUGAGCUCUGUCACAGGCAAAGAAGAAAAGGCACUGUCAUGGGUCAAGAUUCAGCUCUUCGGAGCUGUAGCAAAAUAAAAGAUGAAUACAGGAUUCCCACUGUAGCUCCUUGCAGUGACUACAGAAUAGAGCUGGGCGAAGAAUCGAUACCAGAACCGGUUCCCACGAUUAAUGCUACCAAGGAAAAGUUCCGACUCCU